CACCACGUUCGUCGUCAAGUGUUGGCGCGAGGGGCGUAAAGUCACGCCCACCUACAGCUUAAAAGCCUUCACGGAGACGCGCGUGGCGACACUGAGCUCUGGCUCACGGCUCCUGCACGCGACACAAACAUGAAACUGCUUCAAGAUUCUUCGGACGUAAAGUCCACGAGCAAGAUUCUCAAACCACAGGUGGAAAGACGUCGGAGAGAAAGGAUGAACCGCAGCCUUGACAGACUUAAGGGCCUGUUGUUACAACCACAGGAACAAGUUCAGCGCAGAGUGGAGAAAACCGAGAUUCUGGAGCGCACCGUCGUCUUCCUGCAGAACUCUGGCAGAGAAGACAAGGUGAGAGCUGCAGGUCAGGGCCAGUCCUUCCGGGACGGCUUCUCCAGCUGCCUGCAGAGAGCGUCCCUGUUCCUGGGGGCCGCUGGCACCGGCCUGUGGCUGCAGGGGGCACUGGACGCCUCUCUCACCGCUCGCUUCGUCGGGUCGGAGUCCGCAGAAGAGCACAAGGAGACGGACGCCUUGGCCAGAUCUCUGCGUCUCAGGAGGUCGUCCAGGGCCGUUCUGCAGAUGCUCAUACGCACGUCAGGCUACAGGUUGCGCACGCAUGCGCUAAACGGGGCCAACUGCGUCGAGCCCAGUCGGUCCCGUCCAACCUCCCAACAAACCCACAGAGUCACGGGUCGAGGCAACAAGCAGAGUCCGCCUCGGAUGAGCCUCCCGGUCGGCCAGUCUCUGUGGAGACCCUGGCCUUGACACCGGCCACAACGGGACUUUUGAUGACUCGAGCAUGGAGAUUAAUGUUCAUGCGGCAGCAUAUUGUGUUCGUUCUGAAUUUCCAGUGCAAUAUAUUAUAUUACUGCUUCCUGCUAAACCUCAUUUAAGCUGUAGAUACUGUACAUUUAUGAUCUCAUGUAUUGUGUCUUUUUGCAAGUAUUUUUGCACCUUAAUUUAUUUAGUCUCUUGUAAAUAAACACGUUUUAAAACUGA